ACGAGGCAACGUCUAUGUAGCGGCUGUAACCAAACAACAAAACAACAACGAGACUAGCCGUUGAUAAAAGCUUUGUUUUUUCUAAAAAUUUAUAAAUUUUGUUCAUUAUUUUUAAUAUCUACUCAAUAAAAGCAGAGAUUUUCAAUAAAAAUGUUUAAAAACACAUUUCAAUCUGGUUUUUUAUCAAUUCUUUAUAGUAUUGGAAGUAAACCUUUGCAAAUAUGGGAUAAAAAAGUGAGAAAUGGACAUAUAAAGCGUAUUACUGAUAAUGAUAUACAGUCUCUAGUUCUUGAAAUAGUAGGGACUAAUGUUAGUACUACAUACAUAGAAUGUCCAAAUGAUCCAACUUCAAAAAGAAGAACUCUUGGUAUAAAACUUCCAUUUUUAGUUAUGAUUAUAAAGAAUUUAAAAAAAUAUUUUACCUUUGAAGUGACUGUAUUAGAUGAUAAAAAGGUAAAAAGAAGAUUUCGUGCCUCUAACUAUCAAUCAACUACUAGAGUAAAACCAUUUAUAUGCACAAUGCCCAUGAGAUUAGAUGAUGGAUGGAAUCAAAUACAGUUCAACUUACUUGAUUUUACCAGAAGAGCUUAUGGAACUAACUAUAUAGAAACACUUCGUGUGCAGAUUCAUGCAAAUUGCCGAAUAAGACGUGUAUACUUUUCGGAUCGACUUUAUUCUGAAGAUGAAUUACCAGCAGAGUUUAAACUAUAUUUGCCAGUGCAGAAUAAAGUCAAGGUUUAACGAAGAAAUUGUUUUAUAUUUUACUUUGUGUGAUUUUUUCUUUUUUUAAUUAUUAAAUACUUGUAAAUAUUUAAACUCUUAGGUCAAACGUAUCAUAAAAUUAUAUGCUUAACAUUAAUUAGCUUAUUAAAGAUAAGAUUUGAUUUGCUAUUUA